ACCACCACGUUAAGAUGGAUUCUAUUGAUUUAUUUGGAGACUUUUUCUCGACUGAAUUGCUAGACAGCACUCAAGGUCUAACUGACAAUGUUCUUGACACAUCAAUCGAUCCUGAACAGGAAUUUCUAAAUACGCUUGAAUCAGCAGACAUCGCAGACGAUCUUGGAUUAUCACUUUUAGAAAACAAUCACGAGCUUAUUGAUAUGAUGUCACCUAUAUUUGCGACAUCGUUUUCACCCGUGCCUUGUGAUAAUUUAGAUUUUAAUGACAACGACUUUAAUCAAUUGCAAGAAGCUAAUGUAGAACCAGAAAAACCUGAAGACAAUAUUGUCUUGUCACCUUUGAAACAAUUACUUUUAAGUAAAACUAAGUUGACAGAACAGACAUUGCCAGCGAGUAAACCUUUGUCAGCACCAAAGAAAACAUCUGGAAGAAGGCGUAGUUCUGAUCGGGCUUCAAAAACACUUAAAAACUCGGUCGAUAAUUCUAAGAAAAAUGAAUAUGAUGACUCAAUAGACUUAAAGUCACGCGGCGCUAAAGAAACAUCCUCAGAAUCAAGAUCUCAUAAAAGGAACAGAAAUAAAGUCAAAAAUGCCUCAAAGGCUCUCAAGUUCCCGCCAUGUUCUGUUUGUGGUGGCAUGGCUUCAGGUUUACAUUAUGGUGUCAACAGUUGUGAAGCGUGUAAAGGAUUUUUCCGACGGUUUAUCAUUAGAAAUGAAGAAUAUAAAUGUUCGAAAGAUGGUAAUUGUAAAGUUGUGAAUAAAAAUCGUGAAAAUUGUUCCGGAUGUCGGUUAAAGAAAUGUCUUGAGCUUGGAAUGUCAAAGGAAAAUUCUAAGUUAGGCAGGUAUUCUCUAUCACGAAGGACAGAAACUAUCAAACAAGUAAACGUGUUAGAAGGUAAAGAAAAGAAAUCUGAACAGGAGCGAAUCUUUGAUGUCAAUAUAGACUCAUUUAAAUUCGAUCAUACUUACAGCGAAACAGACAGCGGGAAAUCGUCCCCAAGUUUACAUGACAUUGUUCCUGAAGAUUGCUCACCAGAAAACCUUCUCCAAGAACUCGUCAGCGCAAUGGAGGCCAUCCAGCCAUAUGGACCCAAUAUAACAAGCAAAGAGCAAGUACAAAGUGUCAUCAAGUACCACUACCAACGUUAUCAGGUAAAACUACAAACCUAUGGUGAAAUGAAAGCUGUUCCAAAAGACGAGUACUAUAAACUGCUGAAAGAGUACGGCAUUGAUGUAGACGGUAGGAUCAAAGUAUUCAAGGAAUAUGUUUUAAAAAUCAAGCGUCUGACAGAACGGUAUUAUAACUUUGCACAUCAAAUUCCGGGUUUUAAGAAACUAAAAUCACACGACCAGUCAAAUCUUCUAAAUGCUUUCCGCUGUGAUUUUUUUGUCAUUCUGAUGAACGAAGGUUACAACGAGGAAUGUCACGUGAUUUUAGCGAGGAAUGGUGUUGCAUACCACGUGAAUGAAUUGGCCGACAAAUGUUUCUCGAGAGAAUUAAUAACUAGAAUAUGCGAGGCUUAUGCUCGUUUUCAGAGACUUGAGAUGAGCAGAGAAGAAAAAUGUCUUCUUAUGGCGCUGACCUUGACCUUUACUGACCGCUGUAACCUUGAAGAUCCGGAAUUCGUUGACAAAAUCCAGUAUCUUGUAUCUGAAGUAAUGCGCUACCAUUUAGAAAAGACGGUUGGUCCACAAGCACAACGAAGAUUUGCUCAAUUCGUCGACGGUCUUCUAUUCUUGCGAGAAGUAUCUGAACAAUACAUGACAGAAAUUAGACAACUAUGCAAAGAUGAAUUGAUGGUCAAAGAAGUUCCCAUGAUGACCGAGCUCUUAAUUGACGAAUGGUGAAAGGUCAGAGGUCAAAGAGGCUGUGAUUGUGCAUAAUAAUCAUAUUUAAGCAGCACACCAAAUCUCUAUCAAAUAGAGAUAAUAUCAUAACGCAGACGAUUUAGUAUGUCGGGGUUUUAUCUUAGUGCGUAUAAUACUGUAUAUGUAUAUGAAAGUUUUCAUAAGAGGGUCAAGUCAAAUCGCGACAUGAAUACAAAUGAUUUACAGACUUUGUGAUAGCUAGUAUAUACUGCAUGUAAAUAUAGCAGUUAAUGUCAA